CCCUGGGGAAUUCUCGCCGAAUCCCAUCUCAAUGCUUUGGAUUAACCGCUCUAUCCCUCCCUCCCUCCCUCCCUCCCUUCCUCUCUCUCCAACGCGUUGCAUUCAUUUAGGCUCCUGCGUCUCCUCGCUGCCUGCCCGUUUUGUUUUGUUGCUGCUUUUCGACGGUGAAUCUGUAACAAAAAAAAAACCCUCCACACAUUGCAGGCGCGAAUCACAGCUUGUGUUUCACCAGCGUCAACUCCAACGAGGCUAGUCCCGAAUGGACAGAGUGUAAGAUUGUCUGCGUAUGAUAUGGUGUCCUGACGUAUUUUGUCUCGUGGAGCUACCGAGUUUUAACAAGUGCUUGGCUGAGAUGGUUUUAUCCCAGAGAUUGACAUCCGAGUUGUUGGAAAAAGAUUUGAGAAUGUCUAAGUUAAAGAAGUGCAGUGCCUCCAGGUUGCUACAACCAGAAUAUUUCUGAGUGCUUUGAAAGCCAUGGAUAGAUGUAAGCACGUGGGGCGGCUGAGACUGGCCCAGAACCACUCCAUAUUGAAUCCCCAGAAGUGGCAUUGUGUGGAGUGCAACACCACCGAGUCCGUGUGGGCCUGCCUGAAGUGCUCCAACGUGGCUUGUGGCCGCUACAUCGAGGAGCAUGCUCUCAAACACUUCCAGGAGACCAGGCAUCCUCUGGCGAUGGAGGUCAACGAACUCUACGUCUUUUGUUACCUCUGCGACGACUAUGUGUUGAACGAUAACGCCACGGGCGACUUGAAACUGUUGAGGAGCACGCUGAGUGCCAUCAAGAACCAGAAGUGCGGGCUGGCGGCUCGCAACGGCAGGGCGCUGCGUUCGCUGGCCUGCGGCGAAUCCCCCUGCGCCUUCCAGAACGGCCGCGGCGGGCCGGCCCACAGCACGGAGCGGAUGUUCACCGCCCUGUGGCACCGGCGGCAGACGCUGCUGGCCAGGGCCGUGCGCACUUGGUUCGACCAGACGGCCAGCGGCCGGCGCCGGCUGGAGGAGAGGCGGCUGCAGGAGGAGGCGGAGCGGCGGAGGGAGGAGGCGAGGAGGCGGCGGCAGGACCUGAAGCGCAAGUUCAUGGAGGAGCUGGCCAGCGCGCCUCCCCGCAAGAGCGCCAGGAUCCUCUUCCAGAUCCACAAGGAGGACCACAUCUCCAGGAAGUGCCGGAAGGCCGCGGCGAAGAAGGUGCUACAAACUGGCCCUACCUCAAAACGGCAGCGCAACAAGAUGAAACGUUACUACGCGGCCCGGCGCAAACCGGUGGUGACGCCCGGCGUGACGGGACUGCGCAACCUGGGCAACACCUGCUACAUGAACUCCAUCCUACAGGUGCUCAGCCACUUGCAGAAGUUCAGGGAGUGCUUCCUGACCCUGGACCUCUGCGAGACCGAGGAACUGCUGGCUAGGACGGCCAACGGGAAGACCAGAUUGUCCAACAAGGUCAGCCUGGGGCUGCACCCCCCCGCCCCUUGCACGGCGGACCGCAGCGAGCACGUGGGGCCUUCCGGGAGGUACGGCCUGCCCGCCGGCUUGAACGGGGGAGCCUCCAUCGCUCGCAGCCUGGAACUGAUCCAGCCCAAGGAGCCCAGCUCCAAGCACAUCUCCCUCUGCCACGAACUCCACACCCUCUUCCGGGUGAUGUGGUCGGGGAAGUGGGCUCUGGUGUCUCCCUUUGCCAUGUUGCACUCUGUGUGGAGCCUGAUCCCGGCGUUCCGAGGCUACGGGCAGCAAGACGCUCAGGAAUUUCUCUGUGAACUGUUGGACAAGGUGCAGCAGGAGCUGGAGUCGGAAGGCACAAAGCAUAGGAUCCUCAUUCCGUUCUCCCAGAGGAAGCUCACCAAGCAGGUGCUCAAGGUGGUCAACACCAUCUUUCAUGGGCAGCUGCUCAGCCAGGUCACGUGCCUAACGUGUAACUACAAAUCCAACACAGUUGAACCCUUUUGGGAUCUGUCCUUGGAAUUCCCGGAACGUUACCAUUGUCUACAGAAGGGUGCUACACAGCACAAGGAAUGCACGCUGACAGAGAUGCUGGCUAAGUUUACAGAAACCGAGGCUUUGGAGGGGAGGAUUUACGCCUGCGACCAGUGUAACAGCAAACGACGGAAGUCCUCGCCAAAGCCUCUUGUCCUGACAGAAGCUCAGAAACAGCUCAUGAUUUUUCGACUACCUCAGGUUCUCAGAUUGCACCUUAAACGGUUCAGCUACUGUGUGUUUAGGUGGUCGGGCCGCAACCACCGAGAGAAGAUAGGGGUGCACGUCAGCUUCGACCAGGUGUUAAACAUGGAACCGUACUGUUGCCGGGAAUCAACCUCCUCCUCCUCCUCCUCCUCCUCCUCCUCUCUCGGCAGGGAAAGCUUCAUCUACGACCUCUCGGCUGUGGUCAUGCAUCACGGCAAAGGCUUUGGCUCAGGACAUUACACGGCCUACUGUUACAACACCGAGGGAGAAUUCUGGGUGCACUGCAACGACUCGAAGCUGAACGUGUGUAGCGUGGAGGAGGUGUGCAAGACCCAGGCCUACAUUCUCUUUUACACUCAACGGAGUGUGCGCAGCAACGUGGACUUUGUGGCGGACAUGCAUUCUGAACCUCAGGUGCCAAGCAGAAACACGGACAAGAGCAGGAGACUGCCCUUCCCGUAAGACCAGGGAUCGCAACUUCCCCGCGACUGGAAUUCCCCCUCCGAUACCACGCGCCAGCCAGUGGGAUUGGUCUGGCAGCCGUCUUAAGCCCUGCUGUCUGUCUCCUCAUGUAGGUGCCCUGGGUCACGUUAACCGAAGCAUUUAUAACUUUCCUAUGCAUAUUAUGGUAGGGUUUAAUUCCAUACUUGUCAAUUAAAAUGGUUUGUUCAAAGUGUCUGGGACAGGUUGAUGUCACCUGACCAGCCCUGCCGACCACGGUGAUGUGACCCCCCCCAGGUGAUGCACCACCCCCCCCCCCCCUCCCCCUCGCCCACCGU